AUGGAGCCUUUCAGCGAAUAUGAGAAGCGCCAGCUUUUAAUUGAGCUCAUCAAGCAAAGUCCAAUCGACAACUACACAUUGUAUAAGGUUAUUGGACUCUCUAACAUUUCACCUAACUGGUUUCACGUGGCUCCGCCAAAUGGCCGAACUGUGGCUCAAUGUCAGGCGGCUCUCAUGCAUAUAAGAAGUGAAAUGUCCGAGUCGGACCUGAAGAGAAAAGCCCCUGGCGAGGAACCAAGCAGUGAACGCAGCAACAGCGUUCAGUCCUCCGGCUCUCAAGGGCCUCACGUACAGCCGCAAACUACUGCAGAACCUUCUGCCCAGAUGAACAAUCAGCGCGUACCGAAUAUGCCCCUGAAACCUCAGCAGCACCAAUAUCAACCAGGACCACCUCCUAAGAAGAAAGGUCGCCCACCGUAUGCAAAUAGGAAUGCUGACCAGCGGCCUUUCAACCCUCGACUCCUUGCCCCCAUGCCUCCUCAACAAGUCUUUCAGAAUGCACAGGCGUCUUUCCGGCCUAUUGCUCCGGCCCCUCAGCUGCAUCCAGGUACUAUCACGACUGUUGCGCUGGCUGCUGUCCGCAUUCCGAAUAUGGAGCGACAGGGUGGAAUGGGAAUACCCACUCCACAGAUGUCUAUGGCCAUGCAAGAACAAGCUCGACAUGUUGUCAAACAACAGAGACUUCCUGCAUCGAGCGAGCCCCCCGAGCAAGACCCCAGCUGCCCUGGGUCACACAGUGAAGCAUUUCCCACCUCUCUCAAGAAAGAACCAACCGAGCAGGACCGACCACGCUCUGUCGAGCUACCUGAAACAAAGGACCAGACUGAUGCUUCCGAGAAGGAAUCAUCGGACCAGGAAGGACGAGAGGGAAAUGGUAUCACUAACGGAAACAAGAAACACUAA